GGGGGAUUUUAGUAGCUCUGGGUGGAGAAGGGUGGUGAUAGCGGCAAUGAGGGCAGAGAAAAGGGUCACUGAAGCGCUCGGAUUCUCUCAGCAGUGCAGGGAUUUGACCACCACCAUGUUGAGCAAAAGGGCAAAGACCAAGACCACCAAGAAGCGCCCCCAGCACGCAACAUCCAAUGUUUUCGUCAUGUUUGACCAGUUACAGAUUCAGGAGUUUAAAAAGGCCUUCAACAUAAUUGAUCAGAAUAGAGAUGGUUUCAUUGACAAGGAAUAUUUACAUGAUAUGCUUGCCUCCCUGGGGAAAAAUCCAACCGAUGAAUAUCUAGAUGCCAUGAUGAAUGAGGCACCAGGUCCCAUGAAUUUCACCAUGUUCCUCACGAUGUUUGGUGAGAAGUUAAAUGGCACAGAUCCAGAAGAUGUCAUCAGAAAUGCUUUUGCUUGCUUUGAUGAAGCAACUGGCACUAUUCAGGAAGAUUACCUGAGAGAGCUGCUGACAACAAUGGGAGAUCGGUUUACAGAUGAGGAAGUGGAUGAGCUGUACAGAGAAGCACCUAUUGACAAAAAGGGAAAUUUCAAUUACAUCGAAUUCACGUGCAUCCUUAAACAUGGAGCAAAAGAUAAAGAUGACUGAAAAGAACUCCAAAUUCCAUCCAUAUGUUCCUUGUCACCACUUUGGGUAUUUCUGAGACUU